AUGCAUCGCACCGGCGCGCGUUGUAGCGCGAGCGUGCUCUGUAAAGACUACCCACAUGCGCGCCACAUUACCCUCAACCGACCCAAUUCACUGAACGCGCUGGAUUAUGGCAUGACACGAGAGCUGCACCGACUGUACGUGACAGAGCCGGCUCCUCCGUCAUCCCUGUACAUCCUCACCGGGGCGGGCACAAAGGCAUUCUGCGCCGGCGGCGAUGUGAUCGGCCUCGCGACGAACAACCCGUCCGGAUGCGGUCGUGAAUUCUUCUACUGGGAGUACCAAGUAGACUACAAGACGAGCAUCAUUCCUGCUGGGCAGGUGUGCUUGUGGGACGGCUACGUGCUCGGUGGCGGUGCUGGCUUAUCGAUUGGAAGUGCUUAUCGCGUGGCGUCGGAGAAGGCGUGCUUUGCAAUGCCUGAGGUGGCCAUAGGUAUGUUCCCCGAUGUAGGGGCUUCGUGGUUCCUGCCGCGGCUGUCAGUGCCUGGACUUGGGCUCUACAUGUGUCUCACCGGCCACCGGCUCCACGGGGCCGACCUUGUGCACCUUGGGCUUGCAACGCACUUUGUGCCAUCUGCCAAGAUGAGCGAGCUGGAGCAGGCUCUCGUCUCGAUGUCGGACGCAGGUGAUGUAGAGGCGGUGCUAGACAAGUACACGACGCCGACAACGCAGCUGCCACCAUGCACCAUCGCCCAUUCCUUUUCCUCUCUCGCCAGGUAUUUUGACAUAACGGCCAACCUAACCAUAUCGUCCAUCUUGGACGCGUGCAGGGCGCAUGCACAGACGGAUCCGCUGACCAAGGCAGCCGCGGACCUCAUGCCCUCCUUUUCCCCAACGGCCAUGACGCUCGCACUGGAGCUUAUGAAGCGCGGUUCGAAGCUGAGCACACCCGUGGAGGCGUUCCAGAUGGAGUACUGCGUUUCCCAGCACAUGAUCGCGACACACGACUUUCGCGAAGGUGUCCGAGCCCUGCUCAUCGAUAAAGACAAGAAGCCGAAGUGGCAACCGUCAACCGUUGCCAAGGUAACAGCGGAGGCCAUCGAUGCGUAUUUCCGCCCCACCACACCGAACCAGCCGGUCUGGGAUCCAGUGGUGCCGCUCUCGGAGCGCGCAUCGUGA